AUUUAUAAACUGAAACAGAGAGAAAAAGGGAAUAUUAGCAACAUGGCGAUGGCGCUGAAUCUACCUCCUCUCGCCAGCAUUGGAUUGCAAUGGGAAAAAUGGAGUUGACAGAGCAGGUGGACAUGUCUCUGCCCAUGUACUGGGACCGUCUGGACACUCCUCUACCUGACAGACAAUACCAGGACACCCUCAAUGCUGCAGACAAGAGCCUGAAGCAGAAGGAGAAAGGACACUGGAACAAUCUCCCUAAAGAGGAAAAACUUGCCUUGUAUCCCCCUUAUCCUCACACCCUUGAUGACAAAUGGCAGGCUAUGCAGGUGAAGAAGAUGCUGGACAUGUAGGUGAACCCUGUGGAAAGCU